AAGCAAAGCAGAACCCAGUCUCGGAGGUGAUGAGAUAUACCCAGUAGGGAGCUCAAAUGUGCCAUUGUUCUGCUUGUCUUUAUAAAGGGAGCUGCCAUGUUUUCUCCCAGCACAAAGCUGGGAGCAACACCAGAGCCUCCUGCAAGAUGCUUGUGAUUCUGCUGUCAGUGGCCCUGCUGGCUGUGAGCUCAGCUCAGAGCGUAAGUGAAGAUGUCAGCCAAGAAGACGUUCCCCCACUGAUAUCAGAUGAAGGGGGCUCUAACCAGAGCCCAGAUGAGGAGAGUCAGGAACCACCUCUUGGAGGACACCCACCUAGGCCCCCUGCUGGUGAUGGAAACCAGGAUGAGGGUCCUCAGCAGGGACCACCCCCACAAGGAGGCCACCACCACCAUGGUCCACCACCUCCUCCAGGACAGCCACAAGGACCACACCCACAGGGAGGCCACCACCACCACGGUCCACCACCUCCUCCAGGAAAGUCACAAGAACCACACCCACAGGGAGGCCACCACCACCGUGGUCCACCACCUCCUCCAGGACAGCCACAAGGACCACAGCCACAGGGAGGCCACCACCACCACCAUGGUCCACCACCUCCUCCAGGACAGCCACAAGGACCACCCCCACAACAGGGGCAGCCUCCCCAGUAAUCUAGGAUUCAAUGACAGGAAGUGAAUAAGAAGAUAACAGUGUUUCAAAUGCCAUGAAAUACAAUGUGGUCAUGCUCUAGCUUCAAUAUACCAAUAAAAUAAUUAGCUUGCAAUUUCU